AUGACGAUCGAACUGCUUUGUCCAGCAUCCUCGAUGCCGUCGGAUCUGUCCGAGCGAGCAAGCAGACAGACAAGAGAGCUUGCAUCCGAACACAGCACAACAACAGAGGUCGGACAGGACGACCGGCCCUGCUGGAUUUCGGCCUCACCGAGGCGCGCUCUGGAAAGGAGCACUUCUGAACAGAAUGCAGACAGUCGAGUUGUGCUGGGUAGAAAGAGCGCAUCGGGCAAUAGUUUGGGUGAUAGCGACAAAGCUUCAAGCUAG